AAUCGCCUAAUUUGUAAUGUUGUAAAACACGUUGGAAGAUUUGACACUCGUCGAGUGGUGGCGCGUAAACGACGUUUUCCAAAGAUCUGCAUUUGGUUCACAUUCAUGUGCCAUCUUUGAAUAUAAAAUCGCCAUUUGUUUGAUUGCAUCUACAUCCCGGAGAGUGGAGCAUUGGCACACCACGACUCCAACUGGAAGCUUCUCUGGGCUGCACCAGAAAAACCCCGUACAGCUCCCUCGCCAGAUCUCCCCGGGAUCCGUGUUUUGCAUCGCUCCUCAAUUUGCAUUUCUUCCUCAGAUUUUCCGUGCGACGGGUUCAGCCGCUCGAAAGCAGCGGGCGCUCCACGGCUCUAUUGUACGUGCGCCUCCAUUUCCAAAGCAAUACGCACGGAGAAAAAAACCUCUGGAAAUUUUAAAUAAUGUUGCCGAAGCUUCACGAGCGGGGAAAUUGAGGACAUUUUGAUAUACUGUUAUUUCUGUUGCGCACCUACGGAGACAGACACGUGUCUUCGGGGUAAACAGAAAGGGCUAGAUCGUGUCAGCAGAUAGCAUUGUAAUUUUUACCCCCCUUUUUGUUAUAGACGGCUGAGUUUAAGCUUGGCGACAUUUCAGUUUGUGCGCCUUGGUGAUAAAGACGCAUUUGGAGAUGUCGGAAGUACUACCUUUCAACGAAGAAAAAAUGAGUCAUUAUGGAAAUGAGGGCGACGAGGGACACCUUUCCUUCACCUGUCGUCUUCAAGACACCAACAACUUCUUCAGUGGCUCACAGAAUAAACGUCCGCCGAAACUCGGACAAAUAGGCAGGAGCAAACGGGUUGUGAUUGAGGAUGAGAAUGGCGACAACGAAGCACUGAAAAAUGGAACAGAGAAGACCCCGGCAGAGGCUUAGAGGGCUUGGCUCACCCCCCACCCCACCCCCCCAAAAAGACACUCUUGAAUUUUUUUAUGCCGAUAUUUACCAGUUUUAAUCCAAAGACACUGUAUAUAAGCACUUUCUCUCAUGUGGCAGCAAGCAGCACUUCCACGCCCUCCUCUCCCAGUCAGUCAUGGCCAUCCGGGUGACACACACUUGCAGGGGCGGGAGAUGUCAGCGAAGGAGACCCCCAGGUGGACCCCCCGCGACACACACACAGACACACACACACAAACACACUCACACAAGGAAACACACCCUUGAUUACAGGGUUUCGCCAUAAUCCAAAAGUGGGAGAAGACAACAAGAGGGGGGGAACGAGUUGGAGGAAAGAGGCAAUGCUGUCGAAAUGCAGAAAUCAGGGACAGCAUACAGAAAUAAAUCUAAAUAAAAAGUAAAGCACACACUUCUCUAUCUUAUCAAUCAAACUUAUGGUACCAUUCUUUCUGCUCUUCAUUUUGAUCAAGGGCAAAUGAAUAACAGAGUUUGUAAAUAUGGAAAGGGUAGCCCAUAUUUUCUUGCACAAAGUGGGAAGCAGUAAACUGGUUUGUUCUGUGUUGAAGACUUUAUUUAUUGAUCCUUUGGAAUAUGUCUUUUGCAGUGACUUAAGGCCAGAGGGAGUGUUUUUUUGUAUGACGAGAAAACUUUGAGUGAACGAGAGUGACUUUUUUUUUCACUUAACAAAUUCUCGAUGUUGCCUGAGUGUUUUUUGUUACCAUACUUUGCAGCUAACAAGUCAUUUAUAUACAGUGUACCUCCCACCUGUUUGUAAACUUCCCAGGCUUUCACCUGGAUUGGUUAAUACUGUAACUUGACUGUACACACCCUAUUGAUAAACUAUUUAUAUUGCAUUGUGCAUUAUCGUGUGUGCCAAACCUCAUGAGGGAUAUACUGUACCAGACAACUUGUUGUUUUUUUGUGCUUUGUACAUGUUACUCAUACAAUUCAGUUGUUUUGUUGGGUUGCCAUUUUUUAGGGCUCUUUCUUAAAACACUGAAAUACCAACUCAUGCAUGGCAAAUAUGAAAUCAUGCAUGCACGGCAGAAGUUCUGAAACUCUUGUGUAUUCUUGAAGCACCUCGUAUACAGCUUUGAAUGACAAACCUCGAGAAACAGUCUUAAUUCUGCGUUGUACUGUACGAUUCACACUGAUUUGUACAGUGGCCUAAUAUCUUGUAAUAAAGAUUAUGACAAAGUA